UCCGUUGGUUCGCGGAUUUUAAAAUAUCAAGAAGAAGAAACAGUAAGAAACGAUUCGCUCCUUUCGGUUUAAUGAUAUCUGCUUUGGGAAGAUUGCCGGUAAAUGUCAUUACAUCUCUUCUUACAAACUUUCUACGCUCACAAACACUCAAAAGAAUAUCAUCUUUUGGCCCAGAACUUUGUGGAGCUGAUCUGGUUGAUGUGAUGUGCAGUCCCGGAUCCAAGGGGCCCAGAGAGGAUGCCUCUGUGGAGUAUGUCUACUGUAGAGGUGCAGUCACUGAACUGCUCAAGUAUGGACCAACAGACCUACAUGCUCUCAGCAAAGGCCCAAACCCUCCUAAAAUGCUCAUCCUUGUCAUUCCAGGUAACCCAGGUGUGGUGGGCUUCUACAAGACAUACAUGUGGACAUUGUAUCAGACAUUCCUCCGGAGAUAUCCAGUGUGGGCUGUGAGCCAUGCUGGACAUUGUAUGCCUCCAGAAACCUUCGAUAUGAUUGAAGAUGCAUCUGUGACGGAGAAGGAGGAUGUUUUUGGGCUAGACGGGCAGAUUGAACACAAACUGGCCUUCCUUCGAAAGCAUGUGCCUCGGGGCACCAACCUGCUGCUGAUUGGCCACUCCAUCGGUUGCUACAUCAUCUUGGAGAUGAUGAAGAGAGACCCAGAGCUCAAGGUUGUAAAGGCAGUGAUGCUCUUCCCCACGAUUGAGCGCAUGGCCUGUAGCCCUCAAGGCAAGGUCAUGACCCCUGUGCUCUGUCGACUACGGUACGCCUUCUAUUUGCCCAUUUUCCUGCUCUCCCUCCUUCCAGAGAGGCUGAAGUUCAGCAUGGUGCGUCUGGCCCUGAAGAAUUUAUACGCCGUGGACACCUCCAUCAUCCCAUCCACCGUCAGCCUGAUCAAUGUAGACACUGCUGCCAAUGGUAUGUACAUGGGAAGCCAAGAAAUGAGACUGGUUGUAGAAAGAGACAACGCAACCAUACGCCAACACCUCAGCAAGAUUGUUUUUUACUAUGGAGCCACGGACCACUGGUGCCCUGUGCAGUAUUACCAUGAUAUCAGAAAGGACUUCCCUGAAGGGGACAUUCGUCUGUGUGAGAGAGGCAUCCGGCAUGCAUUCGUCCUGGAUUCAGGGGAGGAAAUGGCUAACAUGACAGCUGAGUGGAUAUUUGAUGACUUGAGGAUGCUCUGACUACCAGAAUAACAUUUGUUUAACUUUAAAGUCUAUCAGACAAAAAUUCUAACUGAGCCCCAUGUGUGAGUUUUUUUUUAAUACGGCCAUUAUUUUAGAAUGUAUUAAGGCUAGUUCACACUGCACCAACAGAUGCCGACCAACGCAGACAAUCACCAGAUUACAGUACGUCACUUGUCAGGCAUUCCAUGACCCUUCCAUGAAGAUGUUCAAAUGACGAUAGAUGACGAGAGGGGUAAUACACUGAUCCAACAAAACCCGAAGAAGUGUCUGUUGCCGUUGGUCGGCGUCUGUCAGUGUCACAUGACACUUCAGUCACAAUGGAGUUGUAUGACUGAUGUAUUGGUGACAUUUCAACAUGUGAAAUAUAUGACAUUUUAAUUCUCAAAUAUGUGUAAGUAAAUGUAUUUGUCCUUCAA